GGGCUUGUAGUCCUUGCGGUACCCUUCCCUGGGUUCUCAGUGCUGCUCCGUCUGGUCCCGCCUAUUCUCUGCUCUCCUGGACCUUUAGGCUUGUCUUGGCCCAUUUGAAGACCAGGAAGUUGAUAAAUCGCGAGGCUCGGCUGCUGAGAGACGGUGGCUCGGGUGGGACAGUCGCCAGGCAUGGCGGAGCGUGAGGAUGGAGCGGGUGUCGGGACUGCUCUCCUGGACGCUGAGCAGGGUCCUGUGGCUCUCGGGCCUCUUUGAGCGGGGAGCUGCCCGGCAGCCCCGCAUCAUGGAAGAGAAAGCGCUAGAGGUUUAUGAUUUGAUUCGAACUAUCCGGGACCCAGAGAAGCCCAAUACUUUAGAAGAACUGGAAGUGGUGACGGAAAGUUGUGUAGAGGUUCAGGAGAGAAAUGAAGAUGACUAUUUGGUUAUUAUCAGGUUCACGCCAACAGUACCUCAUUGCUCUUUGGCAACUCUUAUUGGGCUGUGCUUAAGAGUAAAACUUCAGCGGUGUUUACCGUUUAAACAUAAGUUGGAAAUCUACAUUUCUGAAGGAACUCACUCAACUGAGGAAGACAUCAACAAGCAGAUAAAUGACAAAGAGCGAGUGGCAGCUGCAAUGGAGAACCCCAAUUUACGGGAAAUCGUGGAACAGUGUGUCCUUGAACCUGACUAAUCACUGUUUCAAGAGCCACUGAACUGUAAUCAUUUGAUAUAUUUGGUUAAACUCUUUGUAAAGGUGAUUUGUACCUCAAAGCAUUUUUUUUUUAAAGGAUGAUUUCCAAGCAAGAUUUAAUUACAAGGUAGUACCUAGUUUGUUCAGUGUAUAACAUUCUCAGGAUUUGUAACGCUUAAAUGAUCAGAGAGAAAAAUAUUUUCUAGUUAUUAUGUGUAAGAUGAGUUGCUAUUUUUCUGAUGCCCAUCCUGAUACAACUAAUUUUCAUGUCAAGUAUUUACUGUGCCCAAAUGUGUUCACUUUCAAUCAUUACUCUGUAAAAUAAAUAAAACAGAGAUGAUUCUUAUACA